ACGUCAAUCAAAACAGAACGCGUCCGCAGCCAGGACUUGGGCGCGGAUACCUUCGAAAGAGGAUGGUGCGGGUGCGUAACAAGGUUGGGGGAUUAGGGGAAAGUUGGUUUUCAAAAGAAUAAGGCCAGCUUCCUGCCGGAUCUGCAGCUGUUUCACGAUCGAAAUGGGACGCCGUUUAUGCGGAUGUGAACUUGCACCGGUUGUAUUCGGUGGUGGUGGCCCGGGGUGGGUAGACGAGAUUGAAGUUGAAGCAGAUUUACAUCCGCUUUUUUAACAAGUACGAUAAAGUUAAUUUUAACGGCGAGGAGAAGGAUCCGACGGAAGAGGGAUACGACAAGAAGCGGCAUAAUCGGAGGUGGUCAGCGCGGAUGUUGCACUCGGUGCCGGCGGUUUACGACCAUCAGCAGCAUUAUGUGCCGGAAGUGAUGACGGGACAGUGUGGGAUGUCCUGAGGGUCCGCAGUCCAUUUCUCGGUGCGGGACAUGUUUGACGAGUAUAACCUAAACAUCCGGAAGAACAGUUUGCACCAGUUCUGGAAGGACCGUCUGUACGAAAGCCGCAGGUCCUGAAGAUGUCGUACUUGGAACCUGAUCAAGAACAUCUACCUGGAAUACCGAAGAAGUCACCGCAACUCCCGCCCGCAAACGCUCAUCUCGCGACGGCGCAGCUUCGGCCGGAUGAACUGGCAACAUCUGUGUCAUUCUCGAAGGAGGACGAAGUGAUAGGGAACUAUCGGUUCAGGCGCUUCACUUCCCAGCCGGAAACGUCGACUUCCCUUCCCGAAUUAACAACCAAUGGCCAACUCCUCCAAACCUGUCCAGAUGAUGGCCGGCAACGAGACCACCCUGUUCUCUACAUCGCUGUCGCGCUUCAAAAUGAAGGCCGCGAUGUUGCUGCCCAAAGAAACGUCCAUCCGUAACCUGCUCAACCCGCGGAAGUUGGCCAAACAUAAGCAGCAGUUUUAAUAUUAAAAUAAACAUAAAAAUAGAAAUAAAAUCCAUCACAUUUUUCGAAAAUCA